GCAGAAGCGAAUAUUCUCGCGGCGCCGGAAGUCCAAGGCACGUGACCGGGUGACAGCGCUCGCUGGGCUGCAGGGCUCGCUUUAGGUGUUGCGGCACGGGAUGGCGGAGGCGCCUCCUGUCUCAGGUACUUUUAAAUUCAAUACGGACGCUGCUGAGUUCAUUCCUCAGGAGAGAAAAAAUGCUGGUCUAAACUGUGGGAGUCAAAGGAGACUAGAUUCUAAUAAAAUUGGUAGAAGAAAUUAUAGUUCACCACCUCCCUGUCACCUUUCCAGGCAAGUCCCUUAUGAUGACAUCUCUGCUGUUCAUCACAGUUAUCCUUCAGGAAGCAAGCCUAAGAGUCAACAGACUUCUUUCCAAUCCUAUGCUACUAAUAAAUCACUCAAGAGCCAUGGCCUUCCAAAUCAACCUUGGCAGAAAUUGAGGAGUGAAAAGCAGCAUAUCAGAGUCAAGAGAGCACAGGGUCUCACUGACCAGACCUCAGAUGCAGCUGGCUUAGAAAGUGUGACCAAGUCAGAGAGUGGGACAGACCUCAGAGAGCACAGCCCUUCUGAGAGUGAGAAGGAAAUUGUCGGUGCAGAUCCCAGGGGAGCAAAACCCAAAAAGGCAACCCAAUUUGUAUACAACUAUGGUAGAGGACCAAAAGUCAAGGGGAAACUCAAAAGUGAGUGGGGUCACAGAAUGACUCCCAAACCUGAGGAGGCGGGACCUGAAAACACCAAACCUGUGGGGGUUAUCCACCCUGAUUCUUCAGAUGCAUCCUCUAGAAAAGGAGUAGCGGAUGGGUAUGGGGCCAGGCGCAGCGAGCAGAGAAGAUACCCACAGAAGAGGCCUCCCUGGGAAGUGGAGGGGGCCAGGCCACGACCAGGCAGGAAUCUACUGAAACAGGAGGGCCAACGGCAAACAAACGCAGGAUCCAGAAGCAACAUGGCCUCCGUUCCAAAAGAAAAUCUCAAUGAAAGACCAGCAAAAUCUGCCUGUGACAAUGGGAACUUGGCAGUUGCCAGCAAGUCUUCGAGAAGGGUUGACCCAGAGAAAUGUGCUGUAAGGAGGCAGGAUCCUCAGGUAGCAUCUUUCCCCCGAGGCAAACAGAACCACAUGCUAAAGAAUGUGGAAACACAUACAGGUUCUUUAAUUGAACAGCUAACCGCAGAAAAAUAUGAGUGCAUGGUGUGCUGUGAAUUGGUUCGUGUCACAGCCCCAGUGUGGAGUUGUCAGAGCUGUUACCAUGUGUUUCAUUUGAACUGCAUAAAGAAAUGGGCAAGGUCUCCAGCGUCUCAAGCAGAUGGCCAGAGUGGUUGGAGGUGCCCUGCAUGUCAGAAUGUUUCUGCACAUGUUCCUAAUAACUAUACUUGUUUCUGUGGCAAGGUAAAGAAUCCUGAAUGGAGCAGAAAUGAAAUUCCACAUAGUUGUGGUGAGGUGUGUAGAAAGAAACAGCCUGGCCAGGACUGCCCACAUUCCUGUAACCUUCUCUGCCAUCCUGGACCUUGCCCACCCUGCCCUGCAUUUAUGACUAAAACAUGUGAAUGUGGACGGACCAGGCACACAGUUCGCUGUGGUCAGGCCAUCUCAGUCCACUGUUCUAACCCUUGUGGGAAUGUUUUGAAUUGUGGUCGGCACCACUGUGCUGAGCUGUGCCAUGGGGGUCCAUGCCAGCCUUGUCGGAUCAUAUUAAACCAAGUAUGCUACUGUGGCAGCACCUCCCGAGACGAGUUAUGUGGAACAGACAUAGGAAAGUCUGAUGGAUUUGGGGACUUUGGCUGCUUAAAGAUAUGUGGCAAGGACUUGAAAUGUGGGAACCACACGUGUUCACAGGUGUGCCACCCUCAGCCCUGCCAGCCAUGCCCACGUCUCCCCCAGCUGGUGCGCUGUUGCCCUUGUGGGCAAACCCCUCUCAGCCAAUUGCUAGAACUUGGAAGUAGCGGUCGGAAAACAUGCAUGGAUCCUGUCCCUUCAUGUGGAAAAGUGUGCGGCAAGCCUCUGCCUUGUGGUUCCUUAGAUUUCAUUCAUACUUGUGAAAAGCGCUGCCAUGAAGGAGACUGUGGACCAUGCUCUCGCACAUCAGUUAUUUCCUGCAGAUGCUCUUUCAGAACAAAGGAGCUUCCAUGUACCAGUCUCAAAAGCGAAGCAGAUGCUACAUUUAUGUGUGACAAGAGGUGUAACAAGAAACGGUUAUGUGGACGGCAUAAAUGUAACGAGAUAUGCUGUGUGGAUAAGGAGCACAAGUGUCCUUUGAUUUGUGGGAGGAAACUCCGCUGUGGCCUUCAUAGAUGUGAAGAACCUUGUCAUCGUGGGAACUGCCAAACAUGCUGGCAAGCUAGUUUCGAUGAAUUAACCUGCCACUGUGGCGCGUCAGUGAUCUACCCUCCAGUUCCCUGUGGUACCAGGCCCCCUGAGUGUACCCAGACCUGUGCCAGAGUCCAUGAAUGUGACCAUCCAGUGUAUCAUUCUUGUCAUAGUGAGGACAAGUGUCCCCCUUGUACUUUUCUAACUCAGAAAUGGUGCAUGGGCAAACAUGAGUUACGAAGCAACAUCCCCUGUCACCUGGUUGAUAUCUCUUGCGGAUUACCCUGCGGUGCCACGCUACCGUGUGGGAUGCACAGGUGUCAGAGACUCUGUCACAAAGGAGAGUGUCUUGUGGAUGAGGUCUGCAAGCAGCCCUGCACCAUCUCCAGAGCUGACUGUGGCCACCCAUGUAUGGCACCUUGCCACCUCAGCUCACCCUGCCCUGUGACUGCUUGCAAAGCCAAGAUAGAGCUGCAGUGUGAAUGUGGACGAAGAAAAGAAAUCAUGAUUUGCUCUGAAGCAUCCAGUACUUAUCAAAGAAUAGCUGCUAUUUCCAUGGCCUCCAAAAUAACAGACAUGCAGCUUGGAGAUUCAGUGGAGAUCAGCAAGUUAAUUACUAAGAAGGAAAUUCACCAAGCCAGGCUGGAGUGUGAUGAGGAGUGUUCAGCCUUGGAAAGGAGAAAGCGGUUAGCAGAGGCAUUUCAUAUCAGUGAUGAUUCUGAUCCUUUCAACGUACGUUCUUCAGGGUCAAAAUUCAGUGAUAGUUUGAAAGAAGAUGCUAGGAAGGACUUAAAGUUUGUCAGCGACGUUGAGAAGGAAAUGGAAGCCCUUGUGGAGGCUGUGAAUAAGGGAAAGAAUAGUAAGAAGAGCCACUGCUUCCCUCCCAUGAACAGAGACCACCGCCGGAUCAUCCACGAUCUGGCCCAAGUGUACGGCCUGGAGAGCGUGAGCUAUGACAGUGAACCGAAGCGCAACGUCGUGGUCACUGCGGUCAGAGGGAAGUCUAUUUGUCCUCCUACCACGCUGACAGGUGUACUUGAAAAGGAGACACAGUCACGGCCUCCUCCACCGAUUCCUCAUCACAGACAUCAGACAGACAAGAAUCCUGGGAGCAGUAAUUUACAGAAGAUAGCCAAGGAGCCAGUAAUUGACUACUUUGAUGUCCAGGACUGAGGCGAUCAAGAUGCACUUAGAAAAAAGAAUGAUUAGGUGGGGUGGAGACUCGUUUGCCAGCAGAUAAAUCAUGCUUGUUCCCAACUGCCUGGUGGACUCAGAGCUCACAUACUGUCUUGAACUGAUACAUCCAAAGCAUGAGUGUGUCAGAAAUCCCCUUGUCCUCUCUUCUGUCUGUAUAAAGUGUUUCAGUAUGUCUCUGACUGGACGGUCACUAGUGAUUCAGUCGUAUUUGCAGAGGCUCCUCACACCACCACCGUGAUCGCUCUGAUGGUUGGGGGAACAUUGGGCUUGAUUUAGUCAAACCAGAAUUUUAGCCUGAAAAUGUCCCUUAGUCAUGGUCUCAGUUGUCCCAGUUAUCCAUCCUCCUCCUGAAAAUGCCUGCAGCAUCAGGUGCACCUCGUUUUUUUAAUCCAAAGUGAUCACUAUCUUUGGAAAGACAUAGGCUAACUUCUCAAUCCAAAAUACCAAACAUUGAAUUGGUACACCACAGCUGGAAUCACGCAUGUGGUUAAACCCAGCUGUCUUAGCUGAGUCUUUUGUCCAAAAUUCUCGUAGGUCUACCUAACUGAACUUAUUUUAGUGGUCCUCAGUACCAUCAGUUCCAGACCUAGGAGAGCGGUCGGGAGACUUUACAGAAUUCCGUCUUCUGGAGUCCAGGGGAGGGCCUCUCAUAGCACAUCGCUGAGCCUGUGUGGUGACAGACAGGUUAGCCUAUCCAUUGUGGCGGUGGAGGACACAGAGCGAGCUCCUCCUUCCCCCAGGUUCGCACUGCAGCCUCUGCGUACUGACCAGUGCAGCCCGAACUCCGCCUCUCUGGUUGAGAAAGAGUCUCUGGGACACUUACCUUUCCUCUGUUGCUUUCUCCCAGGCCUGCAGCAGCCGUAUUGGCUUUCCCUGUCUCUGAGCUCUGGACCUCUGUUUGAAUAUUCAAAAAACCAUGUGGACAGUCCAGGGCUUAUGCCAGCAGCCCACUGGAGGCAUUCUUCAGGCUCCUUUUAAGGCAGGUACAUCAGUAGUUACAUUAGUUUGGCUCUCUUUGCAUUGGCACCUCUCCAGCAUGGAGGCCAGACUUCCAACAACUUCCUUCUGCUCCAGAACAAGCUACAAGCCCCAGAGCAACAGAAGGAGAAUUGAGAAGUGACAUCACAAACCUGGCACUUAAUUUUACUAGGAAGAGCAGGGCUGCCCUUUGGUCCUGACCCAGAUGAUCUGCCUUCAAGGACAUGAUGUACAGCAAUGGGAACAGGUGACUGGAGGGAAGAGAUGGAGAACUACAAAACCACCUCUACCUGAGCCCAUUUAGCAGAGGGUCAGUGGCACCACACCCAACAGGAAGCUCAUGAGCAUCUGUUACUUCUUUCAAGCAGUGAGUUCAGUGGGUGAACUGUACAUUGAGAGCAUCUCAAAAUCAGCAGAAAGCAGGAGACCUGAUCUCACAUUCCAGCUCUGCCACGUAACAGCUUGCGGCUGCUUGGUGGAGUGGAGAUAUCACCUAACUCACCAGGGUUGUGAGGAUUAAAUGAGAUAAUGUACAUGGAGGUGCCUGGUCUGUUAUAGGUGCUGAAAGUUUAUAGUAGCUGGAAAAUAUAUAGGCAUCUUCUUUCUCCAUAAUACCAGCCAAGUGAAAAAUUAGAAUGCUAAGCAGGGCACUUCUGGUGAAUGCUUGCGUCCCUACCCAUGCCAGCAUGUGCUAGGGCUGUGGGAAACAGACAUGGCCUGUUCUUUUAGUUAGUAAUCCAGUGGGGGACACAUACCUGAACAAAUAAAAUGAAAUGGUUUGGAC